ACUUCCUUGUUUGUCUGACUGAUUCUCUCUGCCUGCCUCUCCUCAGACUGAUAAUGGCUGAAGCCCAGCUAUUUGGAUUACAGGACGAGUUCACCUGCUCUGUGUGUCUAGACACCCUGACUGACCCCGUCACUACCCCCUGUGGUCACAGUUUUUGUCUGAAGUGCCUCAUGGACUACUGGGAAAUGAGCCAAGUGUGCAGCUCUCCUCAGUGCAGAGAAAACUUCAGCACAAGGCCUGAGCUGAACAGAAACACUUUGCUAAAUGAAGUCAUCACGAAAUUAAAGAAGACGGCACCCAGUUCUCCUCCAUCUCAGAGUUAUGCUGGCCCUGGAGAUGUGGAGUGUGACUUCUGUACUGGGAAGAAGUUCAAAGCAGUGAAAUCCUGUCUGACCUGCCCGGCCUCCUACUGUCAGAUUCACCUGAAGCCUCACUGUGAAAUGGCAGCCUGGAAAGACCACAAGCUGGUUAAUCCUGAUAGAAACCUAAAGGAGAAACUCUGUGUGAAACAUCAGAAAAGUCUGGAGAUAUUUUGCAAAACUGAUGAUUCCUGUAUCUGCAUGAAGUGUGUGGUGACUGGACAUAAUGGGCAUAAAAUGGUCGAACUGGAGACGGAGAGGGAAGAAAAACAGAAACAGCUGGGGGCGACACUGAGUGACAUCAAGAGGACACUUGAGGGCAGAGAGAAGACACUGAAGGAGACAAGGAGAACUAUGGAGGAGAUGAAGAUGUCUGUGGAAAGAGACAUGGAAAAAAAUGAGAAGAGCUUCACUGCUCUGAUACGGUCCAUUGAGAAAGCCCAAAGGAAAUUGACUGAGAGGAUCAAAGAACAAGAAAAGAGAGAAAUAGAGAAGGCUGAAGGAGUCAUGGAGCAACUGGAGAAGGAGAUUGAGGAGCUGAAGAGGAGAGAAGCUGAGCUGAAGGAGUUUUCAGUGACCAAGGACCACAUCCACUUCCUACAGACUUUCUCAUCUCGCUGUGUCACUCCUGCUGAUGGAGACUCACUGAGCUUCACUGUCACCACUGAUUUCUCAUCUGAGGACCUGAGAAAGGAGCUGUCAGAUCUGACAAAGAGUCUGGAGAAGAUCAGCCUUGGGGACAUCAUGACAAGGACUCCAUCAGGAACUCUGCACCUUAAACCAUCUGUGCUGGGCAGGCUGCUAGGACAUCAGCGUGUAAAACUGAACAAGAGUGGGGUAGCCCAUACUGGUCACGAUACAGCUCCACGUGUGCCCAGAGUCACCACGCCUCAUAAUGCUCACCCGGCAGGCAGCCCUGAGUUACCGCAACAGCGACUUCAAUGCACAAACGCUCAUGAAGCUCCAGUUUUCGCCCUCCAGCCUCUCCACAGAGCAGAUACUUUGCUUUGA